AUGGCAGAGGAGGUCACUAACAGUGUGGUUGGGAAAAUAGUCGACUUGUUAUUUAGUGCGGCUAAAAGGGAGAUUGAUUACAUUCGAAAUUACACUAAAAAUGUUAACAUCUUGAAGAAUGAAGCUCAAAAGCUCACGGAUAUGAGGGAUAGGAUUCAACAACGAAUCCAUGCAGCUAAAGAAAAUGGAGAAGCUCUCUUAGCUGGUGUGCAGAACUGGAUGGAGAAGGCAGACACUGAAAUAUCCAAAGCGGGAGAGUUUCUUGAAGAAGAAGCCAACGCCAAGAAGACGUGCUUCAACUUACGACCUUGUGUCAAUUUGGGCACCCUCCACCAUUACAGUAAGAUGUCGAUAAACAAAACCCUUUUUCUUCUGCAGCAACAAAAAGAUGGUCAAACUUACGAAUCUUGUGUCUCCAUUCCCACUCCCACCCCAAGAUUUGUGGACCUUUACCAAACAAAGAAUCUUGAUGAUAUUGAUACCCACAAGUUGGUGUUGAGGGAAAUCAUUGAAGCUAUCAAAGAUGAGAGCAUACAAAUGAUUGGAAUUUAUGGAUCUGGAGGUGUAGGGAAAACUACAUUAGCCAAGGAAGUUGCUGCAGAAGUGAAGAAUCUAUUUGCAGACAAUGUGUUUGUAACUGUCUCACAGACUGUAGACGUUAAAGAGAUUAAAAAUAAUGUUGAAAAAGCUGCAAAGCGGAUAAUUAAUGGGGAGAAGGUUCUAAUCAUUUUAGAUGACAUAUGGGAAACGCUAGUCCUCCCUGAAGUGGGUAUUCCAUGUGGGAAUAACUACAUGAAUUGCAAGAUUUUGUUGACUUCUAGAAGGAUGGAUGUGUGUGAAGGGAUGAAUGUUGAUAGGAAUAUCUGUGUAAACGCUUUGAAGAAGGAAGAAGCGUGGGUCCUCUUCAGACGUAUAGUUGGUGAUGAAAAGUUAGCGAACGACUCCAGUCUAGAGAAAAUUGCAAAAGAGGUGACUGAAGAAUGUGGUGGAUUGCCCCUCAUCAUUCAAGCGGUGGGAAAUGCUUUAAAAAAUAAAAAAAUUGAUAUUUGGGAGGCGGCACUUGACCGACUAAGAAAGCAUGCCCCUCUAGAGAUUGCUCCAGAGAUAAGGAAAGCAUUUACUCAUUUGAAGCUGAGUUAUGAAUUACUUGACAGCAAAGAAGCUAAAUUGUGCUUCUUACUCUGUAGCUUGUUCAAGGAAGAUGGAAUCAUAGAUAUGUUAAGCUUAGCAAAAUAUGGAGUGGGUUUGCGGAUAUUUGAAAAUUUGGAUAGCAUUCACGAUGCAGAAAAAAGAGUCCGAAUGGCAGUUGACACCCUCACAUCCUCUUGCUUGUUAUUGUCUGAGCCGGGAGACAAAGUAAAAAUGCAUGAUGUUGUUCGUGACGUAGCUUUGUUAAUAACUUCUUCUUCUGAAGGUGAAGAGAAGGAGAAGUUUUUAGUGGAGGCUGGAAAAGAUUUGACAGAGUGGCAACCAAGAAACAGAACCUCAGAUAGUUACACCAAGAUCUCACUCAUGGAUAACUGCAUUGAAAAGCUUCCAGAUCAUCAGCUUCAUUUCCCAAUCCUUGAUACUUUUCUUAUAGGAAGCAAUGAUCUUUCCAUUAUUCCUGAUGAUUUCUUUGGAGGCAUGAAAGAAGUUAAAGUUUUAGAUAUGUCUUUGAAUAACAUCACAUCCCUCCCACAAUCACUGAAGCUGCUCAAAAAACUCAUUACGCUCAAUCUAAAUUUCAAUACAUAUCUCAAUGAGAUUUCUAUAGUUGGGGAGCUAAAAGACCUUGAGAUUCUAAAGGUUAGAGGGACUGGAAUUAAAGUGAUUCCUGAAGAGAUCGGUCAAUUGAACAACUUAAGGCUGUUGGAUGCGGGGGAAUGUAAUGAUUUAUCUGAUGUGACACCUAGUGUCAUAUCAAAGCUCACUUGGUUGGAAGAGUUGAAUAUUGGAACCGAAAAGAAGAACGCAGUGUCUCGCCUUGGUCUUAUGGAAAUAAGUAACUUGAAAUCCUUCAGAGCUCUGCAUUUGUUGAUGGUCCCAGAUGAUUGUCAUACUUUUCCCGAAGGCACCUACUUUGAACAUUUGAAAGAAUUCAGUUUUCGAUUUUGGCACAUCAAAACUUCUUUUUCUGAGGAACAAUCAAAAUUAUAUUUAAAACGUCUACUACACAUUACAAUGUCUGACUUCCCAUUCAAGAUGCCAAUCAAGAAACUGUUUCAGGUAAGUGAUGGUAUAGUACUAGUGGCGAUAGCAGGUUUGGAUAACAUCAUACCAGACCUUUAUGGAGAGAGUGUUGAUGAAUUGAAGUCCAUUGAAUUGCGUGAUUGUGAGAAUGUUUCAUGCUUGGUGAAGAUAAUGAAUGAGGAUGCAACGCAAAGUUUUGUUGCAUCGAAUGACCUGAAGCUUGGUCAAAGGAAAACAACAAAGGAAAAGUAUUUCUCCCAAGUGCAACAAAUCUUUCUGAAAUACCUUAAUAACCUGAAGCUUCUUUUUAGUUGUUCAGUACAAUAUAUAAGCUUGCGUAAUCUACAAGUCAUUAAAAUUGUACAUUGUGAUUCCUUUUUGAUGGUAUUCCCAUUAAGUGUAGCACAAGGGCUUUCCAAUCUGAGACGUAUAGAGAUUUUGAGUUGUGACAGUUUGAUGGUUGUGAUUUCUGGUGGAGAUGAGCAAACAACUGAUAAUGACAUUGAGUUCCCUAAACUUACCCAUAUUGACCUUCUGGAUUUGCCACAACUAAAGAGCUUCUACUCUGGGGAUUCUACAGUCAAAUAUCCUUCUUUGGAGUUUAUCGAUGUGAAAAUUUGUCCUAGCAUGAAGAGAUGGGGUUCUGGAGUCCACGAUAUGCCCAAAGUCAAAUUUGGUGAUGAUCCAGAGAUCCUUAAUUUGUUCCAUUAA